GCUCCAGCUUUCAUCAACCAGCUGGCGAGCUCCUCAUCGUGCGACGCGCACUUCAUCACCUGGCCACGACAGCGAUCCCUUUCCCACGCCACAUUUGCGCGCUUGAUUCGCCUCUCCUCUCAUGCCACGCGAAUCACGCAUUUGACAUGAUUGCCCGAUAGACAACGACAUCGGCGCAUAGAGCGAACGAUCCGCCCCUCAUUCUCCUUGCCUAAUGAGGCAGGGGUUUUGAGCGCACGUUGACGACACAAUGGCCGACUUUGAGCGGACCAUUCUCGAAUUCUAUCAGCUGCCUACACCAUACCCUUCGGAAUGGCCCACCGAAAAGGAUGCAGGCUACUCUUCAGGAGACGACGAUGGUGAUAUGAAGCAUGGCCGACGAAAGUCGCGAUACCAAGCCCUCGAGUCGGUGGCGGGGGGAGGCCAGAGCGGAGUUGGAACCAUGGUUCAAAAGGACGAGCCUGACCCUCUCGGAACAUCUGACAGCGUCGUUCGAUCGCUCAAGAACAUGGGUCUUCCACUACAGGAUGACUUGCGCAUGCGAAACCGCUUCCUCCUUUCGUCGACUACCUUUUCCCCCGCACUCUUCCUGUCCCAGAUGCAUGCUAAUGCCGACACACGGAGCUUGCUGCAGGGUCUGGACGUGCUCUCCCAGUCAAUUGACCAAAAGUCCGCUUCGCUCAAGGUCCUCGUCGAAUCCAACUUUGAACGCUUUGUCCGAGCAAAGGCAACAAUAGACAAUGUCUACAAGGAGAUGAAAUAUCGCGGUGUGGAGCAGAACCAAGCCCGAGGCAGUCGUCACACGCGGCACACCAGUCGAACCAGCUUUCGCAACAGUAUUAGCGGCACGGGCCUCAGCAACCCGCUUGCCCUACCUCCGUCGGAGAAUCGAAAGAAGAAUGCGCUGAUGAAGGAGAGCGAAUAUGGCGUACUCGGAAUCAAGGCUCCCCUCCUGGACGUGUCGGCGAAAGCCGAGGACGUCUGGGGUCCCGCCCUCGGAGGCCGGGAGAAAGAAGAGCAUCUCAAAACAGUCUCGCACCAGCUCAACCAUUUCAAAGAAUACGUUGAGCUCAGCUCAUCGGUUGCCGAUAGCAUCAAGCGGAAGGAUUACGAAACCUUGAUAGAGAGCUAUAACCGUGCCAGGAAGUUCGCCGACGAAGCUCGCAAACUGUCGCAGACUCUCGGCGGCGAGACUCCCAGCGAUACGCAGCUGUACCAAAUGGUUGUUGCUGGGCGGAUGUGGCAUGACGUCGACCAACAAGUGCAGACCUUCCGGCGGGAUAUCUGGAAAAGACUCAUAUCUCUGCACACGCAGUCCAAGUCGGACACCGCGACCGGUCGCGUUCAGGAUCAACACAUGGAUAUUAUCGGCCUGCUCCUCGAACUGGGUGUCGAUGACAACCCGAUAUGGGUCUGGCUUCUAAGCCGCUAUGACUACCUGAAAGGGAAGAUUCAGGGGACAGCAGAUCGGUCCAAGGUGGAGAUUGAGGUGUUGCGGCGUAGGCUCGCUAACAACGAUAAACCCACGCCGCAGUCGCUCGCCUCGCAUCUACGGUCUCUAAGCAGACAAUCCGUGCAGGGCAAACACCCGACCUCUGACGCUCCCGACGUCAUUGAGCUAUGGGAGAAGAUGCUCACGUUCCUGACAAAUCUCGUGUCGUCGCAAGGAAUUCUGGGAGAGCUUGUCGAGUUUUGGCACACAGCGGAGGGGUUCAUCCAAGGGAAAACGCAGUCAUCGCUACCUCUGGGCUACAAUGGUGAAUCACGAGUCCAUCACCAGCUCACACAGCAGGCCAUCGCCGACCUGGAGAAGGGCAUCGUGGAGCUGGUUGACUUGCUACGGGAGCACGUCUAUGCCUUCUUUGCGGGCAUGCCACCUGAGGAUAUAUCCUUGCUCUUCUCUCCGCUGCCUGUGACACCACAUUCACCGGCCUCUGCGGGCGGCAUGACGCCCACGACGCUUCGAGACCCGCGCUUCAAUUUCGACCCAAACAAUCCCCCGCCACCGUCCCCUAGGAGAGGCGAACCGUGGGAGAAGCUUGCGUUCUGGCCCCCCUGGUCCAACUCAAUCAGCGGCGUCCAUUAUCUGUCCAAGAUGCUGACACUUGUCGGCUCGGGGGCUUCCGAUAUGGCCGGCAUUAGCCCUGUGUCGUCGGGUGACCCUUUGGUACUGGACAACUUGAAGUCCCUGGUGGCAAUUUCAAGAGAACGCUGCGUGACGGCACUAUGUGCCGCCUGGAAUCGUGAUGCCGAGAACAUCAAGUAUGUCGAGGAUUGGGAGCGGUCGCCGGACUCGGGCGAUGUUACACGCAUGCCAGCGGCCUUCUCAUCCUUUGAGAGCGCACUACUGUCCGGCAUGCAGAAGAUUUUAUACAUCCCGGAUGCCACUGCCCGAGACAACGCUCGAAACAUGGUGCUACCGCCCCCGACCAAGCUGCUGCAGAUGGUGCGGAGUCAGUACGUGACGACUCUGUACAAAGCUCUGAGCGGCAUGGUGGAGAAUGCCGAGCGCUCGGUCAAGAAAGGUGAAGACGACUGGACCACAGCCCGGGGUUCGUGGCAGGGUUCAAGCGCGACAGCACUCGUCACCGGCAAGAGCACCCUCGAUCCGGGUGACAGGAAUGUGCGCAUGCUGUUGACGUUGAGCAACCUCCAAUCUCUACGCUCACAGGUGGUCCCUAGCCUGAAUGCGCAAUUCGAAAACGCUUUUUCUGUAAAGUUGACGGAUGAGUCCAAGACGAUUCGGGACGUCCUGGGUCAGAUUGACGCACGUCUCUUCCAGUCAUACACGAAGCAAGCUGUGGAGAAGCUUCACGUCAUCAUCCAGGCCGGACUGUCGGCAACGGACUGGGCACCUGCUGCUGGCCAGCGCCCCCAGUCCGCCAAGCCGUACAUCUACGAGGCACUGCUGACCCUCGUACUCGUCCACUCGCAAGUGUCGACGACGGCCUCGCCGCUCACGCUGCAGGUCCUCUCCUUCUUGCUCGAGCAGACGUCGUUGCAGCUCCUCGACGCCUUCCGCAAGCGGCCGCGGUACUCGCUCGAGGCCCUGAUGCAGGCGACACUCGACGUCGAAUUCGUGGCGCAGACGCUCAGCCACUACACGACGGACCGGGCGACGGAGUUGCAGAGCCAGAUCUACCAGGAGCUCGACGGGCGGACCGACAACGACGCGCGCGCCCGCCUCCAGAACGAGCUGCCGGAGAUGCGCAGCACGCUGAAGAAGCUGAGGGACGCCAGCAAGAAUGAGUUUGCCUGUUUCAAGAAGCCGAAGCGGCCGCCGGGUCAGAGCGCUUCCAAGUCUGACACGAGCAGUGUAGCUACUUUUGUGAGCACGUAGAGGGUGAGGAGCUGAGUGCCGGGAACUGAGCGCCGAAUUGGAAGACGCACAAGCUUUGCUCUAUGGGGAGGCGGUGUUUAGACAUUGGGAUCACGACGUGUUAGCGCUCUGCAACCGCUUAUUAGAUACCUCGAGUAGGUUUAAGAGUCUUGUCACCUGCGGAGGUGUCUCGACAAAAGCUAUUGAUCUACCUUGAUGCAUCGCCCCGCGCCAGUUGGUCUGGCCUGGCUAGUGGGUAGGUCACGUCGUAUACAUGGAUUCAUUCAUUCUAUGCCGCGAGCGCACCCGUCUUUAUUUCGCCCCCACACUCUUCUUUUUGCCCAAACGCCUUGCACGACCAAUCAGAAUAACAGCAACAACAGCAAACAGAGAGGCAACGGUAUCAAGUUGUUGGGCAACGGUAGUCGGG